UUAGCGGUGGUUAUACCAAGUUCGCGGACUUUAUAUCAAUGUUUACAUCAAUCAUUGAUAAGGAUUGCGGCUUAUCAGAUGUGGAAAAGUUCCAGCAUUUACGCUCGUGCCUUAAAGGACCAGCUUUGGAUACUGUUUCUUCACUGGAGAUCAGCAGUGCUAAUUACACAAUUGCACUCGACUUGCUGAAGAGGCGAUUUAAUAACAAGCGUCUCAUUUUUCAAUCACAUGUUACUGACAUCUUGAGUUUGAAUCGCAUUGAAUCAUCGUCAGCUGUAAAGCUACGAUCUCUUUCGGACACUGUGAAUGCCAACAUCCGCACGUUGCAGAGUUUGGGCAGUGCUGAGCAGAUUGCUGGAUGCAUCAUCGUGCAUAGUCUGCUUCAAAAGGUAGACAAGGCAACACAGGCCAAUUGGGAGGAAACAACGCCGAUGGACACCAUUCCUACAUGUGAGCAAUUCAUUGAAUUUCUUGAUCGUCGAUGUCAGCGACUGGAAAAUGUGGAACAUGCUAUGGCAACGUAUACGCCUAGCACUAAGAGCACCCCGCAGAUCUAGACGUCUUGACUCCUGCGCAUUUUUGGGCACUGUGC